CCGCACAUCGUCAUCAUGCUCGCGGACAAUGUUGGGUGGGCGGUCGUGGAGUGGCAUCGGCCGCCGGCGCUCCCGGCGCGCGAAAUCAGCACGCCCAAGCUCGACGCGCUGCGGGCGUCGGGCCUGGAGCUGGACCGGCACUACACCUACAAAUUCUGCUCGCCGUCGCGCUCGGCGCUCAUGAGCGGCCGGCUGCCGGCGCACGUCAACGUCUACAACGACGACCCGGCGAUGGCCGGCGCGGGCGCGCCGGCGCACAUGCGGCUCAUGCCCGCCAUGUUGCGCGACGCCGGCUACCGGACCCACUUCGUCGGCAAGUGGCACCUGGGCAUGGCGUCGAGGUCGCUGCAGACGCCCGCCGCGCGCGGCUUCGACACGUCGCUCGGGUAUUUCCACAGCACCAACAACUACUACGACGGCACGCGCGCCGAGGGCUGCGGCGACGCGGCGCACGCGGACCUCUGGGACGGCGACGGGCCCUCCCACCUGAACGGGACGGCCUACGAGGAGCUCGUCUUCCGGGACCGCGUCGUCGACGUCGUCGAGGCGCACGACGCGGCGCGGCCCCUGUUCAUUUACUACGCCCUUCACACCUCCUGCGUGGGCUACGACCCGGACGGCACGGCGGGCGGCGAGCGCGACUCGCUCCAGCCCGACCGGGCGUACUACGACAAAUUUUCGUUCAUCGACGACGACGACCGGAGGGCGAACGUGGCGAUGGUGGCGCUGAUGGACGACGUCGCGGGCGACGUCGUCGGCGCUCUGCGGACCGCGGGGUUGUGGGCCAAGACGUUGCUUUUAUGGUCGUCGGACAACGGCGGCGCGGUGCACCUCGGCGGCGGCUCGAAUACGUGGCCGCUCCGCGGCGGCUACUACAACAACUUCGAGGGCGGCGUCCGCGCGCCGGCCUUCCUCGCCGGCGGCGCGCUCCCGGAGGUGGCGCGGGGGAAGCUCCUCACGGAGUGGAUCUACAUCGCGGACUGGUACGCGACGUUCGCCCGCUUGGCCGGCGCGUCGCCCGACGACGGCGCGGUCCCGGCCGUCGACUCGCUCGACGUCUGGGACGCCAUCGCGGGCGACGGCGCGUCGCCGCGCGUCGAG